CGCUCUUACUUUCGAACUCUUCUUAUGUAUGGGUUCCACUUCCUUGUAUGGUUUCUCUGUGUCAAAGAGAUCAGGGACACGCAGUGUGGAUUUAAACUUUUAACCAGAGAAGCUGCCUCGCGGACCUUCUCAACUCUUCAUAUAGAACGCUGGGCAUUUGAUGUGGAACUUCUUUAUAUAGCUCAGCGCUUGAGAAUACCUAUAGCAGAAGUUGCUGUCAACUGGACUGAAAUUGAAGGUUCUAAGUUAGUUCCCUUUUGGAGCUGGCUGCAGAUGGGAAGGGAUCUUCUUUUUAUACGACUGCGAUAUAUGACUGGUGCCUGGCAGCUUGAAACAAGAAAAUGUAAUUAG